GCGUCGGUGGAUUUGUUCUCAACGCUGCGCCGCAGUUUUUGUAUUUCCGAGUUUUUUUUUAAUUUCAUUUGCCUUUUAUUCGCUCUCCGGCUUUAUUUCGAUUUUACUCCGAUUUGUUAAAAGAAAACUAAGCGUUCGCGAUUCGACAGGCAUGCUGAAAAUGACAAAUGUUGCUGGGCCGCUGCAAACAAUGAAGAAAAACGCAAACGGCAACGACAACGACGACUCCGAGGAGUCCGACAUGGACAUGGAUGAAGAGGAGGAGGAGGAAGAGGAAGAGGACGACGAUCUGCCCGACGAUGUUGUGCUACAAAUCGACAGCGAGGACGAGGCGGAGCUGGAGGCGCAGCGCAUUCGCUUGGUGCGCGAAGAAGAGGAAGAGGCCAAGGCCAAGACCAAGAUAGCAAAAACAACAACAAAGCAGGAGGAAAGAGAAGCGCAGGUCAGUAACGGUAAAGCGAACGGCGUGGUGAAGAAGGAGACGGAGGAAAAGUCGGAGACCGGAACAACGAAAUCCGGAAAGACGGCCACCAAACGUAAGGCACGCGGCAAAUCCGGACGUCGGACCUCUGUGAGUUCGCAGGCCUCCAGCAUCGGCUCCGUUGCGUCCAGCGCAAGCGUCGCCUCUUUGGUGGCAGCUCAGGUUCUGGCCGAUGAGAAGGCGCGCAGCUUCAUUUACAGCUGUACGCAGUGCACACAUCACUACCCCGACCGUGUGGUCCUCUCGCGGCACUUCCAGAAAGAGCAUGCCGAGAAACCCAAGCGAAAACGUGGCCGGAGCAAGCUCGUCAGUCCCGAGGAGCAUUCACCUGCUGUUUCGAGUCCGCUAAACCUCCGUCCAGAGGAUCUGAGUCAACUCAAGCCAUGCGCCCAGUUGCUCAUGCAGGGCGAGUCCCUGCUGCAGCUGUGCCUUGCCUGCAACUCACAGUUUGUGGACCAGCAGCACUUCCAGGAGCAUCUUAGCCAGCAGCAUGGUUACUUCAAGCUGCUGCUGGUGCCCAAGGAGGAGCCCAGCGAUCUACCGCCGCUGGCCAUGGUCACCAUUCCGGGGGCUCUGGCAUUAGACAAGUCAAACCAGCAGCUUCAGCUUCCCAUACCGGCGCCGGAGACCCCGCCGCCCGAACAGGAUGCCAAGGAAGCGCCAACAAAUACGACAUCUAACGAUCAGGAAGAUCUCAAUAUGAUAAGCGCCAUGGUGGCAGAGAUUGCGGCCGAGCGGGUGAAGAAGACCAGCAGUCCCAAGGUCAGCAAGAUGAUCAUCAAGCUGCCAACGGCGGCCACCAAAAAGAGCAGAAAACGCGCCAAGCCAGUGAAGACAAGGAAUCAGGAUAUUCUUGAAAUGCUGCAACUGCAGCCGGUGAAAUCGGAGCAACCACAACCGGAGGCGACAAAGAAGACCGAACAAGCACGAGCGGAUCAGGGAGCUAGUGAGAUACCUCAGAAGUUAGAGAAAGCUCCUCUAAAGAAUGUUGUUAUUAAGAGCAAAUCGGAGAAAGUUGAAGGGGACCCUCAGCAGCCAAAGAAAAUUGACCGAGAGCCAAAGCUGCCAAAACUUACAGAGUCGUUACCUGAAAAAGUUGAGGAAACUCAGCAGCCAAAGGAAGUUAAGAAGCCUCUGCAGUCGGAAAAACUAAAGAAACAGCCGGAGAAAUCACCUGCAACUUCAGACAAGGAGCAGCAGCCAUCACCCGAGUCAAAUCUUAAUCCAUCCAAGCGCAAGCGCAGCCGCAAAGAGCAAAAGUCGCCAACGCCCAUAACCGUCCCGAUGGAAAACAAAGAAAUUAAGGAGGAGUCUGAGGCCACAGAGCGGCGCAUGCGCAAAAACCGCAGCUUUGUGGACCACGUAGUGGAUAUUAAGGAUGAAGAAGGGGACGAUGAAGGAGAGGAGCCAGAGCUGGAUCAGGAUUCCUCGGCUACAGGUUCACCAAACACUAGCUCCGCAGAUGACAGUUUCACCUCGAUCAAGCGUGAAUCAUCCGAGGAGUCGCAGCGUAAUGAAACCGGAAGCGGCAUACACACUUGCAAUUUCUGUGGUAAAACGUUUAAACGCUUCUCUCGAAUGCAGGAUCACCUGCGUCUCCAUACCGGCGAGAAACCCUACGUUUGUGGACAGUGCGGCAAGGCAUUCCGUUUGAAGAUGCGCCUGGUUGAGCACCAAUUGCGUCAUCGUACCGAAAAGGCCUUCAAAUGCGAGAUCUGUUCAAUGCCACUGGCCACCAAGCAGGAUCUAUCACUUCACAUGCGUCACCACAAGAACGACAAGCGCUACAAGUGCGACAAGUGCAACAAGGCAUUUGUACGCAGCUCUGAUUUGUCCAUACACGUUCGGAUUCAUACGGGCGAAAAGCCAUACAGCUGUGACAUCUGCAGCAAGGCGUUCCGGGCGCGUCAGAAUCUUGUGGUCCAUCGACGCACGCAUCUUGGUGACAAGCCCAUUCAGUGUGACCUGUGCGACAAGCGCUUCGCCCGGAAGAUCGAUAUGCGGGUGCACAUGCGCAGACAUACUGGUGAAAAGCCCUACAACUGUGAUUCUUGUCAGCGCGGCUACUCCUCCCGAGUAAAUUUGGCACGUCACCAGGAGCGUGAGCACGAUAAGAAGGAAGAUGAAAAUAUCUCUGCAUCUGGCUCUGCCAAAGCUGAGAAGAAAAAGCCGGAAAAGGAGCAGGAGAAGCAACCGCAACCCAAAGCCAAAGCGGCACCACCACGUCCGCGACGUGAGAAACUGUCGCAGAAGAUCGAGGUCCAGGAAAAACUACUGGGCGAUAUGAAGCACAGCUUGAGCACAUUGCCGGAAAUACCCGAGGAAGAGUCAUCAACUCAGGUCAAGUUGGAUAUCGGGGAACUGCCAGCAGAUGCCGGAGCAGGCCUUGCUCAAGUUCAAGUCACAGUGUCCAUGCAGAUGGAGCCCGCUCCCAGCCAUGAUGACGAUGAGGAGAUUACGCCGGAGAAGGAGAACGCACUCUCCAGCUCGACUGCGUCGGCCGUUGACAAGACAAAAACAAAUCGCAAGAUCACCAGCUACUUCACAGUCGUGGGUCAGCAGGCGGAAAUCUAAAGACUUAAGUUUCAGGAUUAGGAGCAACACUUCUUACAACUCAUUACCUUUUAAGAUAUGCCACUCUGUACUUGGAAAUGAUGGUGGACACAUCAUUGCCGCUAGCAUAGCGUACACCUCGCAAUUUUGAUCUAUUUUGGAGUUUAAAUGCAAUUCUUGCAGCAGGGAUCAAGUAUUUUUUAUAUAUGUAUACUAUUUAUAUCAUAUAUUUACCAUGAAUGAAGUCGAUCUACGGAGAGGCAUGAAGGAUUAACAUGUAACCCACAAAGAACAAGAAAAGACUACUUUUUAAAAGAAAGAAAUUGAUAUUUUGAAUACGAAUCAAGCAAGAGACUGCAAAUAUAUAUAUAACAUAUA